CUCGCUCCCGCUGCCGGGAGGGCCGGCCCGCCGCCAUGUUCCUGCGGAGCGGCUGCCGCCGCCUGCCGCUGCCCCCGGCGCCUCGCCCCGGGCACCGCCGGGCGGGCGGCGAGGUCGGGGCGGCGGCAGCGCCGCGCUACGAGGUGGUGGUGAUCGGCGGGGGCCAUGCGGGCACGGAGGCGGCGGCGGCGGCCGCCCGCGGCGGGGCCCGCACGCUGCUGCUCACGCACAGGAUCGGCACCAUCGGCGAAAUGUCCUGCAACCCGUCCUUCGGCGGCAUCGGGAAGGGGCACCUCAUGCGGGAGGUGGACGCCCUGGACGGGCUGUGCGGCCGCGUGUGCGACCGCUCCGGCGUUCACUACAAGGUGCUGAACCGCUGCAAGGGCCCGGCCGUGUGGGGCCUCCGCGCGCAGAUCGACCGCGGCCUCUACAAGGAGAACAUGCAGAAAGAAAUCCUUAAUACACCACUGUUGACAGUUCGUGAGGCAUCUGUGGAGGAUCUUCUCUUGACAGAGCCAGAACCAGGCCGUCCUGGGAAAUGCCAGGUCACGGGAGUUGUGCUGGGGGACGGGAGCACAGUGCGUGCUGGGAGUGUUAUCCUGACCACCGGCACGUUCCUGAGGGGUGUGAUCCACAUCGGGCUGGAGACACACCCGGCGGGGCGGCUGGGGGACCAGCCAGCCGUCGGGCUGGCUCACACUCUGGAGAAACUGGGAUUUGCUGUGGGCAGGCUGAAGACUGGGACACCGCCCCGGCUUGCCAAGGACACGAUUGACUUCAGCGGUCUGGAGGAGCGUGCAGCUGACAACCCUCCAGUGCCCUUCAGCUUCCUCAGCGAGGCCGUGUGGAUCAAGCCGGAAGAUCAGCUGUCCUGUUACCUGACUCACACGAACCUGAAGGCCCAGGAGAUUAUCCUUGAUAACCUCCACCUGAACAACCACGUCAGGGAGACGACCAGGGGCCCACGGUACUGUCCAUCUCUUGAAUCAAAGGUUCUGCGCUUCCCAGACCGAGAACAUCAGGUGUGGCUGGAGCCUGAAGGCUUGGAGUCCAACGUCAUUUACCCCCAAGGCAUGUCCAUGACACUGCCACCUGAGCUCCAGGAGCAGGUGAUCAAAUCUGUCCCAGGCCUGGAAAAAGCCAAGAUGUUACAGCCAGGCUAUGGGGUGCAGUAUGACUUUUUAGACCCCCGACAACUGACUGCUUCUCUCGAGUCGCGUCUUGUUCAGCACCUGUUCUUUGCAGGCCAGAUAAAUGGCACGACAGGCUAUGAAGAAGCUGCAGCUCAGGGCGUGAUUGCUGGGAUCAACGCUUGCCUGCGGGUUCAGGGCAAGCCCCCGUUCAGGGUGAGUCGCACCGAGGGCUACGUGGGGGUGCUGAUCGAUGACCUGACCACGCUGGGCACCAGCGAGCCCUACCGCAUGUUCACCAGCCGCGUGGAGUUCCGCAUGUCCCUGCGGCCCGACAACGCCGACGCCAGGCUCACUCUCAGAGGGUUUGAGGAGGCUGGGUGUGUCUCGCAGCAGCGAUAUGAACAAGCAGUUAAGAUGAGAGCUGCAUUAGAGGAUGGGAUUGCAACACUGAAAUCGCUUCAGUUCAGCAUAUCCAAAUGGUCCCAGUUACUACCAGGGGUUCCCAUAAGUAGCAGUCGCAGGUCACCUGUCAGUGCCUUUGACAUCCUUCAGUAUCGAGAUGUCAACAUAGAUAUUCUGGCAAAGGCUGUCCCGGAGACCCUGGGCAAGCUUGCUCAAUGGAGAGAGCUGGCAGAGAGAUUGAAAAUAGAAGCUGCUUACGAGUGGUGUGUAGUCAAUCAGCAGCAGGAGAUGGAAGAGGUGCGUCACGAUGAGGCGCUGGAGCUGCCUGAUGAUCUGGAUUACUUUGCCAUUGACGCCUCGCUCUCCGCAGAGGUGCGGGAGAAGCUGGACGCAAACCGCCCCCAGACGAUCGGUGCGGUCAGCCGCAUCCCUGGAAUCACACCAGCUGCCAUUGUUAACCUGCUGAGAUUUGUGAAAACCAAUCACCGGAAGACAGAGAAGCUAAAAGCUGUGACUCAGUCUGGGGAGUACUUCCCAGGGAAAAUGUACUCAGGCAAAGCAACUUCACAAAGACAGAUUUCAGCAGAGUUUUCUGAAGAGGAGACAAAGUUUGUUAAAACCUCUUCGUAGAGAACGGCACUGAUCCUGCCAGCUUUGUGGCCAGAUCAGCUGUGCUCCUGAGCCUCUUCCCAGAUAACACCCAUGCUGGCUGGAUCCAAAGCAGUUGUAGUUGGGUUCUAUGACAGUGUCAUUGCAUACAACAAAGAUGAGUGAACAAAGUAAAUGCUCAGAAACCUUAAAACAGCUUGUGAUUUUGCUGAUGCAAAUGGAGAGACAGGAGAACUGCUUUUAAAAUUCCACUCAUUUGGAAGACUUCAGAUAGUCAAAAUCUGCAUCUUGUAAAGGACAAUGUUUAGUUCUUCUGAAAUGUUACCAUGCAAAGCCCAUGGCAGCACAGGAGGAUUGGAGCUGAAAAGUGUGUUCCAUUGAGUUCAGGACUUGUGUUCACAGCUGUGCAGUGACUGCACAGGCUGGUGUCUCGUGUGGUGUCAGCCAGUAGGAGACACUUGGCUAUGGAAACGUGCCACACGAAUAUUUAAAGUUACCUAGGAGACUGAAUGUAAACCCCACAUCCUGCAGGUGUUUUUCUCUUUUAAAAUAAAGAUUGACUUGAAACUUG